AUCAUUGCGUCAAUGCUGCGUACACGAGGCAACCGUCUGAUCGGUCGACUUCACUUCCUGUCAAGAUUCUCCUUGCGCACGACGACCUUCCAUGACCUAGGAUUAGACAGCAAGACACCUGGCGUCCCUCCUGCUCAUGGUCCUGUGAUGACAAUGUGUUCCUCGGCCAGGUGACAAUAGCGCUGGCCAGAUCAAUCGCAAUCACCUCUACAGAAUGCCAGUCCACUCGAAAGAAGACCCUUUGAUGGUCCUCUAUAAUCACUACCUCUCUCUCUUUCGAACUCAGAUCAAACGGACGCCGAGAUCCGCCAGGCUUGCCGCAACCGCAGCUCUCCUCAUUUCUAUCCUCUCAAGCAGUUAUGGCGGCUAUAGAUGGUGGCAGGAAAGGACCAAAGAGAAGGCUCGAGGGCAAAGACUCGUCAGGAAAAACAGCGGACUGAGAGGGAAAGGCGGCGAGCGCAUUAUAUACGUGCCCAAAGGCAAUACUACCUCGAAAGUCAUCAUACAUCCUACUCGUCCUACAACGUUCGACGCACAUAGACGGUUAUUCCUGACGCCUCCUCGGAUCACAAGGAUUGCAAGUGGUGCAUCGACCCCAGCGUAUGGCCAUGGUCCACCCCCUCAGACAAAACCCGGCCUCAACUUGGCCUUCCUACACCAGUUUCUCAGUCUGCUAAACAUUAUGAUACCACGAUUCCGCAGUAAAGAGACAGCACUGCUGUUGAGCCACGGGGUAUUUUUGAUUCUGCGGACCUACUUGUCCCUAGUCGUUGCUAGACUGGACGGCGCUAUUGUUCGAGACUUGGUCGCGGGCCAAGGCAAAUCCUUUAUGCUGGGGAUUUUGCGGUGGUUGUCGGUUGGUACAUUGGCCUCUUAUACCAACUCCAUGAUCAAAUUCCUGCAGUCAAAGAUAUCAAUUGCCUUCCGAACCAGACUUACACGAUACAUACACGACUUAUACCUGAACUCCAACCUCACAUACUAUAAACUCACGAACUUGGACGGCGGCGUUGGUCAAGGAGCUGAUCAGUUCAUAACGCAAGACUUGACCUUGUUUUGUACGUCGGCAGCAUCAUUAUAUUCGUCUUUAGGAAAACCGUUGGUUGAUAUCUUUGUCUUCAACUAUCAACUUUACCGAUCUCUAGGUCCUCUAGCGCUGACCGGACUUCUGGCCAAUUAUUUCGCGACCGCUACCCUACUACGCAGACUUUCGCCUCCGUUCGGGAAAUUGAAAGCCGUUGAAGGGAAGAAAGAGGGCGACUUUCGUGGCCUCCAUGCCCGUCUCAUAGCCAAUGCCGAAGAAAUCGCAUUCUAUGGCGGCGCAGACGUGGAGAAGGUCUACCUGAAUAAAUCCUUCAGAGAACUGCGCAGCUGGAUGGAAGGGAUCUACAAUGUCAAAGUCCGCUAUAACAUGCUCGAGGACUUUAUCCUAAAGUACUCGUGGUCAGCCUUUGGAUACAUCAUCACCUCGAUCCCCGUCUACUUGCCGGCAUGGGCAGGACUGACUUCUCUACUGGACACGUCCGGGUCCUCUGGCGCCGAGGUAUCGGAAUUUUCACGAGAGAGAUCUCACAUGAAGGACUUCAUCACAAACAAGAGACUCAUGCUUUCGCUUGCCGAUGCCGGCGGAAGAAUGAUGUACAGCAUCAAGGAUCUCUCGGAGCUCGCUGGCUACACAUCACGAGUAUAUCAACUCAUCUCCACCCUUCACCGGGUACAUGCGAACGCCUAUGGUCAAGGUACUCGGCGUUAUUCCAGUAGAGCCGAGUUGUUCUCUCUGGCUGAUGUACAGGGAACGCUACAUGCUGGCUUUGAUGGCGUCCGUCUUGAAGAUGUUCCUAUUGUUGCCCCAUCCCUUUAUCCCUACGGAGGAGAAGAACUCAUCGAGUCUCUUUCAUUCGUGGUACACAGUGGCGAGCAUCUUCUGAUCUCUGGAAGCAACGGUGUAGGCAAGUCCGCCAUCGCAAGGAUCGUCGCUGGCCUCUGGCCUGUCUUCAGGGGGCUUGUCUCGCGACCACGUAACAAUGGUCAAGACGGGAUAAUGUUCAUCCCUCAGCGGCCAUACCUCAGCGUGGGCACAUUGCGUGAUCAAGUGAUUUAUCCUCAUACCGAGAUCGAUAUGCGUGAGAAUGAACGUCGCGACAGUGAACUAGAGAGAGUUCUCGAGGACGUCAAACUUGGCCACCUUCUCGCACGCGAAGGAGGUUGGGAUACACGGAAAGAAUGGAAAGACGUCCUCUCGGGUGGAGAGAAACAGCGCAUGGCGUUUGCGCGGCUCCUAUAUCAUGAACCGAGAUAUGCAUUUCUGGAUGAAGGGACAAGUGCGGUUUCCUCGGAUGUCGAAGGGCUACUGUAUGAGCGGUGUAAAGACCGGGGCAUCACCGUGAUCACACUCUCUACCCGUGCCAGCCUACGGAAAUAUCACACUUCCAAUCUCAUACUCGGCUUGGGCGACGAAGGGUAUGAUUGGGAACUGGUCAAGAUUGGCACCGAAGCUGAAAAAUUCAGCAUGGAUAAAGAGAUCAAGGAGCUACGAGAGAAAUUAGCCAAGGUCCCUGAGUGGGAGGAGCGCAAAACCGCCAUCGACGAGGAACUUCAUCAUGUGCAAGUGGUAGAUGAAGCAGGAUCCAUGGAGCUUGAGAAGCCUACUUAUUUGGCUGGAGAGUCAGACCAAACUUGAAGAGUGAUAGCUCUCAGGAAAUGCUUGGAACCCGUUUGUAGACAGUGUCCAGAAAAUGCUAGAACUUGAGUGGUCUCGCGAUAAGGCUACACAUGUGCAACAAUAUCCUGCGCCUGAUCGGCACCCAUGGAUGGAUAUGAAGCAAUACAAAAAUCCUUGCUCAAAGUAUAGCGACAUAUUGGGGGUCCACAAUUUUCAACCGCAACAAGCUCAGAAUUGCUCGUUGAUUGGUCACUUCCUCAUCAACAACAACCCCGGUAUUCUACGAAGUAUGCACACUCACGAAUCAGUGGAAGUCGUCGCAAGAGCUAGGUCAAACCCGGUUAAUGAAGACAUGAUCCAGGAAGAUAGCGCCAGCCUGAACUGGUACUGCUCUCGAAAUGGCCAGUAAGAUCCCCUAGAGAGAAUCAGUUUUGGAGCAAACUUAAGUCGACAUCUGCAUCAAGUUGCAGAAAAUCAGAUAACAUUCUCAAGGUCCAUGGAGAUAUUCUGUUCCAAGUGGACACACAAUGAGUAUAUCAGGAGAACAACUUGCGGAUGUCGCUGCGUCGAAUUUGAGGGCUUGUAAAAGUACAAAUAGCCCGCCCUCGAACAAUACUUUGUCGACCGUUCCACCAUCACCACCACCACACUACGAAAACACUACGAAAAC